CCAUAAAAUCCCUCGCCGAGUUCCCGUUUCCCAUCUCUGCCCUAGUCGUCCACAGCCUCCAAGAUCCAGGUGCACAGGGAUCCCCCGCCUCCAUUCACCAAGCAAAGGAAUUAUAUACAUCAGAAAUGGCAGUCACAUUGGCUAACGUUAACUCUGCUUCUGGCUUGAAAAAGCUCGAUGAAUACCUUCUCACUCGCAGUUAUAUAACUGGGUAUCAAGCUUCAAAGGACGAUAUUACAGUGCAUGCAGCCCUGUCUAAGGCCCCAUCGGCUGAAUAUGUGAACGCUUCCCGGUGGUACAAGCACAUUGAUGCUCUAUUGAGAAUCUCGGGUGUAUCUGGUGACGGAUGUGGAGUCAAAGUGGAGGGAUCUCUUCCCGUAGCAGACGAAACCAUUGCCACUCCUCCACCUGCUGACACAAAGGCCACAUCCGCUGAGGAUGAUGAUGAUGAUGAUGUGGAUUUAUUUGGUGAAGAGACUGAAGAAGAAAAGAAGGCUGCUGAAGAACGGGCAGCUGCCGUGAAGGCAUCUUCAAAGAAGAAAGAAUCUGGGAAGUCAUCUGUUUUGCUGGAUGUGAAGCCCUGGGAUGACGAGACAGACAUGAAGAAGCUUGAAGAAGCAGUGAGAGGGGUUCAGAUGGAAGGAUUGCAUUGGGGUGCAUCCAAACUUGCCCCCGUUGGGUACGGUAUCAAGAAGCUGCAAAUUAUGCUUACUAUAGUGGAUGACCUGGUCUCUGUUGACAGCCUCAUUGAGGAACAUCUCAUGAGCGAGCCAGUUAAUGAAUAUGUCCAGAGCUGUGACAUUGUGGCCUUCAAUAAAAUAUAAUCUGAGGUUUGGGUAGACUUGGACCGUCCUGCCAACGGCUGAGAAGUUUCUAGUGUUAAGAUAUCUUUAGUGCCACUUGCAUAUCUUGAGAUGUUUUACUUUCUAGAAGCCUCCCUGUUAUUUUUGUAGUGUUAUGUUUCGUCAAGUGUCGUUUUAUUUCAUUGUUGUUGCUGAUGAUUUGCAUGUAUUUGGCGUAUGUUUUCCAUUUAUUAUUCGGAGGUUUCAACUAUUGAGCGGGUACCAAAUUUUGGCUUUCGUUUUUCGGGUCAAAAUCUAGUGGCUUCACAGAUCCUUAGGAUUGUAUUGUUAUAUGAUAAAUGUGCUUGUUGAUGCAGAGACCUUAGGCCUGUGGCUUACAAUUAGAAAGAAAUUCCUAGCCUGAGUAUCGUAUUGUUUAAAAUAUUGCGUUGUGGGGGACAUUUAUUAAGUAAUGCAAUUGUUUCUAUCAGCGGAA